AUUCCUGCACUCAGAUGUUAUGCUCUCUCUCUCUCUUCUUAUCAGAAAUCUGUGAUAGUGGACUUUCUUUGAAAAGUUGUGACCUCUCAACCAAUAUUUAGAAGCUUUCAAAGUUGUGUUCUAGCUGUAAUGCAAUGUGACAUCACACUGGCAGUGUUCUGGUGAUUUGUUAGUCAUGCAUUGUUCCUGCGUCAUGACAUCAUUACUGUGAUCUCUGAUGGCAGCAGUCUGAUGAACGAUUUUGUUUAGAAGAUGAAGCACAAGAAGAAGAAGAAGAAGAAGGAGCAACUGAGUGAACCUUCCCUGUUCAAGGGAAGGUUAAGUUCUCGCCUCACUGCUUUCUCUCGGCAAUCAGGGGAGGGAACAACUCCACAGGCCCGUUUAUUCAGCGUCAAGCUGCAUGUGAUGGAGACUGAAGAGGUCUUUACAGUGCCUGAAUGUUACCAUAACUUAACCAUAAAGAAUCUGAAGAGCCGUCUAGAACUCUUGGUUGGGAUCCCAGUGAAUUUCAUGCGACUCCAAUAUCUAGAUGAAGUUGAUCUUAAUGAAGACUCUACAUUUAGGAACAACGAUAUUAUCCUUGGAGGAACUCUCACUUUGCGUAUCUGGUCAGAAGAUGCUUGGGGACAUUUGGUGACUGCAGCUGCAAGUGGAAUCAAAGAAAUGCUUGCAGAUGUAGGAGGUAUAAGCACUUCUGUAUUUAACACAGCCAGUGCAAGGCGGAUGGGGCCAGAAAAGAGGAAUGAGUGGUUAGCCUACCGAACAUUUGUGGCCUUGUUCAUCACUGUGCGCAGGGGCUACUUGGACGCUGUGGAACUCCUGCUUCAAAAUGGUGUUGAUCUGAAACUUAAAACACCUCUGGGGAGGACAGUCCUCCAUGUCGCCGUCAUCUCUGGCCACAUAGCUUGUGUAGACCUUCUCCUUAGCUAUGGGGCCAAGAUCACUGAGGAAGACUAUGAAGGUUAUACCCCUGUGGACUUAGCUCGCCAGUGGGGACAGAAGGAAUGCGAGCGAAGGCUGUUCCAGUUCCAGUGGAAGUCGCGAAGAGGAGUCAGCAGGACUAAAUUGGAUUAGAAUGUGGGGUCACUAUUCCAUGACUAGGAUGCAAAGGCGUGACUCCACUGAAUGUUGCGCUCAGAAACAUGGACUCAUUGGUGGAUUAACUAUAAGAUUUUAUUUUAUUCUUGAGAGGAAAAAACAAAGCUGUCAUGUAAGGGAUGGCUGUAUGAAUGAGCUGCCAUCAUCUUUCUCAAGCAUAUUGGCAUUUCAUGAGUCACAAGAUACCUACAUGGCAAUCUGUGGAAAAAGACACAAGGUGCAUCUACACUGCAGAAUUAAUGAAGUUUGACAUCAUCUUAACUGCUAUAGUUCAAUGCUAUGGAAUCCUCAGAUUUAUAGUUUGAUGAGGGAAAGAAGGAUAAAGAUCUUGUAAAACCAUAUAUCUCAUAAUAUCGAGCCAUGGCAGUUGAAGUGAUAUCAGACUGCUUUAAUUCUGCUCAUAGGUGCACUCUGUGAAAGCUUAUGUAUUUCUGUUUGUCUAAAAGGUGCCCGAAGAUCCCUUUGUAUACUGAUAUUACAAAUCAACAUGUCUAUAUCUUUGAAUUCUAUCACAAUGAUAUCAUCUCCUAGUUGUUAAGGACCCAUUCUGUAAAAUAAUUGGGAAUAGGUUGCAGGGCCAGGGACAUCUCAAAUGCUGAGACUUUAGGGCCCAAACUUAGCUUUCGUUCCUGGUGAUGUCUUUAGGUACAAUACAUUGAACAUCAAGCGCAUGGAUUGCUCCAUGGAUACCAUUGAAAUAAAAACCUACAAAAUCUAACAAAAAA